AUGGCAGAUAACGUGAAUAUUGAUCUUUCGGGAGAAAUUAAUGCCUCUACCACUGAAAAAAAAGGUUUUCAAAAGUAUGUGACUGAAGUGGAAUUAUUAUUGCAACAUGUGAGAAGUGGUGCGGCUCCUGCCCUUGUAUUGGGACUGCUAUCCAGCAGAAGACCUUGGACCCAGUUCAUUGCUACUGAAAAUUUCAAGGCACCUGCGUCUAUCCCUAGGCUUUCCAGACGGUUCUACCGAAAUGUUGAAUACUUCCAAGCCAAUUACCUAAUGGUAUUUUUAGGGCUUUUUGCUUACUGCCUAAUCACUUCUCCCUUACUCCUGAUUGCCAUAGUGGCAAGCUUUUUUGGAUACAGAAAAUUAACAUCCGGUCCUAACACAUGGAAGAUUGGUAGUUGGGAACUUACUAAAACUCAACAAUAUGCAAUUUGUGCCGGUGCAUCAAUGGUAUUAUGUUGGUUAGCUGGUGCUGGAGCAGUAUUGUUUUGGGUAUUAGGUGCAACAGUCACAGUUGUUGCUCUACAUGCGAGCUUCUUCGACGCUGAGGUGCUGCCUCCAUCAGACGACCCCGAACAGUUUCCUAUGAUUGAGCAAGUU